CCCGGGAACGCCUCUCCCGUUCCCCGCCGGCGAAGUUUGCCGCGCGCCUGGCGUCCUCAAAGACUACGCCUGCUGGCCCCAGGCUGGGCGCUGUCAGUUCCUGAUCAGGCCGGUGCCCGCCCGGGCUGGUGCAGUUUCCAGAGCCGAAAAGCCACCCCCACGCCCGAGCUCCGCGCGUGGAACUAGGGGCGCGGCUCCGGCGCCGCCCACACCCGGGGCUGUUCUGACUCCUCGCGCUGCAGGCUCCACGAGAUACGCACGGAGAGUGGCGGCCGCCCGCACGGCUGUGCCACCGAGUCCCUUGGCGGGUGGCCCAGGCAGGAAGAUCCCGCGCCCCGGGAUGGCGGCGGCUGCGCGGGCUCCAGACUGUACAUCGCUGCCAGUCCUGCGGUCGCCACGGUCGCUGCUUGUGCUUGUGCUGGUGCUGCGGGUGCUGCCAGCCCGGAGUGCGACAGCUCGGGACCCCGCCGAGGAGCUCAGCUUGCACCCGCCCUACUUCAACCUGGCCGAGGCGGCAAAGAUUUGGGCCACUGCUACCUGCGGGGAACGGGGACCCGGCGGAGUGCAGCCCCGGCCAGAGCUCUACUGCAAGUUGGUUGGGGGCCCCAACGCCCCGGGCAGAGGCCACACCAUCCAGGGUCAGUUUUGUGACUAUUGUAAUUCUGAAGAUUCUAGAAGAGCACAUCCAGCCACCAAUGCAAUUGAUGGAUCCGAACGUUGGUGGCAAAGCCCUCCUCUGUCCUCAGGCACACAGUACAACAAAGUCAACCUCACCCUGGAUCUGGGUCAGCUCUUCCACGUGGCCUAUAUUUUAAUCAAAUUUGCAAAUUCUCCUCGCCCUGAUCUUUGGGUCUUGGAAAGGUCUGUAGACUUUGGAAACACCUACUCACCAUGGCAGUAUUUUGCUCAUUCUAAACGAGACUGUUUGGAACAAUUUGGGCAGCAGGCAAAUAAAGCUAUCACCCGGGAUGAUGACGUACUCUGUAUUACUGAAUUUUCCCGCAUUGUACCUUUGGAAAAUGGUGAGGUGGUGGUUUCCUUGAUAAAUGGUCGUCCAGGUGCAAAAAAUUUUACUUUCUCCCACACCCUCCGGGAGUUCACUAAGGCAACAAACAUCCGCUUGCGCUUUCUUCGAACCAACACCCUGCUUGGACAUCUCAUCUCCAAAGCACAACGGGAUCCAACUGUCACUCGAAGGUAUUAUUACAGCAUAAAGGAUAUCAGCAUCGGUGGGCGGUGUGUUUGCAAUGGCCACGCUGAAGUGUGCAAUGCAAAUAAUCCUGAAAAACGGUUCCAGUGUGAAUGCCAGCACCACACCUGUGGGGAGACCUGCAGUCACUGCUGUGUGGGCUACAAUCAGAGGCGCUGGCAGCCGGCAAUGUGGGAGCAGAACAAUGAGUGUGAAGCCUGCAACUGUCACGGCCAUGCCAUCGACUGUUACUAUGACCCAGAAGUUGAGCAGCAGCAAGCAAGCUUGAAUACCCAAGGCAUCUAUGCAGGUGGCGGGGUCUGCAUCGACUGCCAGCACAACACGGCUGGGGUGAACUGUGAAAAGUGUGCCAAGGGUUAUUACCGCCCUUAUGGGGUUCCAGUCGAUGCCCCCCAUGGCUGCAUCCCUUGCAGCUGUAACCCUGAGCAUGCAGAUGACUGUGAGCAGGGCUCAGGCCACUGUCAUUGCAAACCAAAUUUCCAUGGAGACUACUGUGAGAAGUGUGCCGCUGGUUACUAUAACUUCCCAUUUUGCUUGAGAAUCCCUGCUUCUCCUGUUUCUACUCCAAGUCUAGAAGAUCCAGAAGCUGGAAAUAUAGAAGGGUGUGACUGUAACUUGGAAGGUGUUCUCCCUGAAAUAUGCGAUGACCUCGGAAGGUGUCUGUGCCAUCCAGGGGUUGAGGGCCCCCGGUGUGACACCUGCCGCUCUGGUUCCUACUCGUUCCCUAUUUGCCAAGCCUGCCAGUGCUCAGCCCUUGGAUCCUACCCAACGCCUUGCCACCCGGUGACUGGACAGUGUGAAUGCUUGCCAGGGAUAACGGGACAGCGGUGUGACAGAUGUCUCUCAGGAGCCUAUGACUUCCCCUACUGCCAAGGUUCCAGUGGUGCUUGUGACCCAGCUGGUACCAUCGACUCCAGCUUGGGGUAUUGCCAAUGCAAGCUUCAUGUGGAAAGUCCUACUUGUAGUAUCUGCAAACCAUUAUAUUGGAAUCUGGCCAGAGAAAAUCCCAGUGGAUGUUCAGAGUGCCAGUGCCAUGAGGCAGGAACAGUGAGUGGAGUUGGAGAGUGUGGGCAGGGAGACGGUGACUGUCACUGCAAGGUCCUUGUGAGCGGCGAUGCCUGUGAUACUUGUGAAGACGGAUAUUUCGCUUUGGAAAAGAGAAAUUACUUUGGAUGUCAAGGGUGUCAGUGUGACAUUGGCGGGGCACUCACAUCUGUGUGCAGUGGGCACUCUGGAGCAUGCCAAUGCCGAGAGCAUGUGGUAGGGAAGGCGUGCCAGAGGCCUGAAAAUAACUACUAUUUUCCAAAUUUGCAUCAUAUGAAGUAUGAGAUUGAGGAUGGCACUGCACCUAAUGGAAGAGACCUCCGGUUUGGAUUUGAUCCCCUGGCAUUUCCUGGGUUUAGCUGGAGAGGAUAUGCCCAGAUGACCUCAGUCCAGAAUGAAGUAAGGGUGAUGUUGGAUGUGGGGAAGUCAAAUCUCUCCUUGUUUCACAUUAUUCUGAGAUACGUAAACCCUGGAACUGAAGCUGUUUCUGGCCAUAUAACCAUUUAUCCAUCUUGGGUGAAGUCAGGUGCUGCUCAAAGCAAAGAGAUCACCUUCCUGCCGAGCAAGGAGCCAGCUUUCGUCACCAUCCCUGGAAAAGGCAUUGCAGACCCGUUCUCACUGACACCGGGGACAUGGAUUGCUUGUAUCAAGGCAGAAGGAGUCCUCUUGGAUUACCUGGUGCUGCUCCCCAGAGACUACUAUGAAGCUUCGGCGUUGCAGCUGCCUGUCACAGAACCAUGUGCCCACACAGGAUCUCCCCAGGAAAAUUGCUUGCUUUACCAGCAUUUGCCAGUGAUCAGGUUCCCCUGCACCCUGGCUUGCGAGGCCAGGCACUUCCUGCUUGAUGGCCAAUCGAGACCCUUGGCAGUGAGACAGCCCACUGCAAGACAUCCAGUCAUGGUGGACCUCAGCGGGAGAGAGGUGGAACUGCAUCUGCAGCUGCGUGUCCCACAGGUCGGCCAGUACGUGGUCAUGGUUGAAUAUGUCACAGAAGCAGACCAGCUGUUUACGGUUGACAUGAACAUGAAGAGCCCCGGGGGGCCUCUUUUGGCAGGCCAGGUGACCAUAUAUAGCUGCAAGUACAGUGUUCUCUGCCGGAGCAUUGUGAUUGAUAGCAUGAGCCGCAUUGCUGUGUAUGAGCUAUUGGCAGAUGCAGACCUUCAGCUCAAGGUGCACAUGGCCCGAUUCCUUCUGCAUCAGAUUUGUCUCAUACCCAUUGAAGAAUUCUCAGCUGAAUACGUGAGGCCUCAAGUCCACUGUAUUGCCAGCUACGGGCCAUUGGUUAAUCAAAGUGCCACCUGUGUCUCUCUGGCCCAUGAGACUCCUCCCACUGCCUUAAUUUUGAAUGUCCCCAGUGGGAGAACAUUUUCUCUCCUGCCCCAGGAGAAUUCCCCUUCUGCAAACGUCAUUCCUGAAAUUACCUUACAGGCCCCACAGAGCCAAGUGACCCUGAGAGGACUCGUACCACACCUGGGCCGGUAUGUUUUUGUCAUCCAUUUUUAUCAAGCAGCGCACCCAACGUUUCCCGUCCAGGUGUUUGUGGAUGGAGGGCGGCCGUGGUCAGGUUCCUUCCGUGCCUCCUUUUGUCCCCAUGUGCUGGGCUGCCGGGAUCAGGUGAUCAGUGGAGGCCAGGUUGAGUUUGACAUCUCAGAGCCUGAGGUGGCUGUGACUGUGAAGGUUCCGGAAGGAAAGUCCUUAACACUGGUCCGCGUUCUAGUGGUGCCUGCAGAGAAUUACGACUAUCAAAUACUUAACAAAAAAUCGGUGGACAAGUCCUUUGAGUUUAUCACCAAUUGUGGAGGAAACAGUUUUUAUAUUGAUCCCCAGACAGCCUCCAGGUUCUGUAAGAAUUCUGCCAGGUCCUUGGUGGCCUUUUACCAUAAUGGCGCUCUGCCUUGUGAAUGUGACCCUGCUGGGGCCAUCAGCCACCACUGCAACCCUGAGGGCGGGCAGUGCCCGUGCAGGCCCAACAUCAUCGGGCGGCAGUGUACCCGCUGUGCAACUGGCCACUAUGGAUUCCCACACUGCAAGAAGUGCAACUGUGGCAGGCGGCUUUGUGAAGAGGCGACGGGACAGUGCCUCUGCCCUCCCCGCACUGUCAGACCCCAGUGUGAGGCCUGCGAGCUGCAUUCCUUCAGCUUCCACCCCCUAGCUGGCUGCGAAGGCUGCAACUGCUCUAGGAGGGGCAUCAUUGGGGCUGCUGCCCCAGAUUGCGAUAAGGACAGUGGACAAUGCAGGUGCAAGCCCAGGAUCACCGAGCGGCAGUGUGACCUGUGUACUUCUGGGUUCUACCAUUUUCCUGAGUGUGUUCCCUGCAAUUGCAACAGAGAUGGGACUGAGCCAGGAGUGUGUGACCCGGGGACUGGGGCUUGCCUCUGCAAGGCAAAUGUGGAAGGUACGGAAUGUAACACGUGUCGAGAAGGAUCCUUCUAUCUGGAUCCAGCCAAUCCCAAGGGUUGCACCAGCUGCUUCUGUUUUGGAGUGACCAGUCGUUGUCACAGUACACAUAAGCAAAGAGCUAAGUUUGUGGAUAUGAUGGGAUGGCACCUGGAGACAGCAGAUCGAGUGGAUGUCCCUGUUUCAUUCAAUCCAGGUAGCAACAGUGUCGUGGCAGAUCUCCAGGAGCUGCCCUCAACAGUGCACAGUGCAUCUUGGAUCGCGCCUCCAUCUUACCUGGGGGACAAGGUUUCUUCAUAUGGUGGCUUCCUCACUUAUCAAGUCAAGUCAUUUGGCUUACCUGGUGACAUGGUUCUUCUGGAAAAAAAGCCAGAUGUGCAGCUCACUGGUCAGCACAUGUCCAUCAUCCAUGAGGAGUCAAGUGACCCCCGGCCAGAUCGACUGUAUCAUGGGAGAGUGCAGAUAGUUGAGGGAAACUUCAGACAUGCCAGCAGCAGAGCCCCAGUGUCCAGGGAAGAGCUGAUGACGGUCCUGUCUAGACUCCAGGGGCUGCACAUCCGGGGCCUCCACUUCACCGAGACACAGAGGCUCACCCUGGGUGAGGUGGGGCUGGAGGAGGCCUCCGACACAGGAAGUGGACGCAGAGCACAUGAAGUGGAGAUGUGUACCUGUCCCCCUGACUAUAUGGGUGACUCAUGUCAGGGUUGUAGCCCUGGAUAUUAUCGGGAUAACAAAGGCUCCCUUACCGGAAGGUGUGUUCCCUGCAAUUGCAACGGACAUUCAAAUCGAUGCCAGGAUGGCUCCGGCAUAUGUACUAACUGUCAGCAUAAUACGGCUGGAGAUCACUGUGAACGCUGCAAGGAGGGUCACUAUGGAAAUGCUGUCCAUGGAUCCUGUAGGGUCUGCCCGUGUCCUCAUACCAACAGUUUUGCCACUGGCUGUGUCGUGAGCGGGGCCAACGUGAGGUGCGCCUGCAAACCCGGCUACGCAGGAGCACAGUGCGAGAGAUGUGCACCAGGAUAUUUUGGGAAUCCCCAGAAGUUUGGAGGUAGCUGCCAACCAUGCAAUUGUAACAGCAAUGGCCAGUUACAUUCUUGUGACCCCCUCACUGGAGACUGCAUCAACCAAGAACCCAAAGAUAGUGGCCCUGCAGAAGAAUGUGAUGAUUGUGACAGCUGUGUUAUGACGCUCCUGAAUGACCUGGCCACCAUGGGUGAGGAGCUCCGUCUGGCUAAGUCUCAGCUACAAGGCCUGAGUGCCAGUGCCAGCACCCUGGAGCAGAUUCGGCUCGUGGAGACCCAAGCCAAGGACCUGAGGAAUCAGUUGCUCAACUAUCGUUCUACUAUUUCAAAUCAUGGAUCAAAAAUGGAUGCCCUGGAAAAAGAGCUGAGUAACUUGAAUCCUGAAUUCGAAACUUUGCAAGAAAAGGCUCGAAUAAAUUCCAGGAAAGCACAAACAUUAUAUAACAAUGUUGAUCGGACGAUCCAAAGUGCAGAAGACCUGAACACAAAGAUUAAAAAUGUCAUCCGGAAUGUGCACAUUCUCCUCAAGCAGAUCCCUGGGACAAGUGGAGAUGGAAACCACUUGCCUUUGGGCGACUUCUCCAGAGAGUUGGCAGAAGCCCAUCGCAUGAUGAGGGAACUGCGGAACCGAAACUUUGCAAAGCACCUGAGAGAGGCAGAAGCUGAAAAAAGAGCCGCCCAGCUCUUGUUGGACCAGAAAAGGCGGCAAGCCCUGAAGCUGGAGAACGAUGGACUUGUAAAGAAUAUACGGAAUUCUUUAAGUGAUUAUGAAGCCAAACUCCAUGACCUACGUGCUGUGCUACAGGAGGCAGCUGCCCAGACGAAGCAGGCCACUGAUCUCAACCAAGACAAUGAGCGAGCUUUGGGAACCUUCAAGAAUCAAGUGAAAGAAAUUGAUUUGCUGAAGAGUGACUUCACAAAGUUCCUGACUACUGCAGACUCUUCCUUGCUUCAGACCAACACUGUACUACAGCAGAUGGACAAAAAACAGAAGGAAUAUGAAAAAUUAGUUUCUACUUUAAAUGCAAGAAGACAGGAACUAAGUGACAAAGUGAGAGAACUCUCCAGAUCAGCGAGCAAGACAUCCCUGGUAGUGGAGGCAGAAAAGCAUGCACAGUCUUUACAAGAACUGGCCAAGCAGCUGGAAGAGAUCAAAAGAAAUGCCAGUGGGGAUGAGCUGGUACGCCGUGCUGUGGACGCUGCCACCGCCUACGAGAACAUCCUCAACGCCAUCAAUGCAGCAGAGGACGCUGCCAACAAGGCCACCAGUGCAUCUGAGUCAGCCCUCCAGACAGUGAUAAAGGAAAAUCUUCCCGGAAAAGCUAAGACCCUGAGUUCUGACAGUGAUAAAUUGCUGCACAAAGCCAAGUUAACACAGAAGGAGCUACAGCAAGAAAUCAAUCCAGCUCUCAACAACCUACAGCAAACCCUGAAUGUUGUGACUGUUCAGAAAAAACUGAUAGACACCAACCUCACUACUGUCCGUGACGACCUUCGUGGGAUUCAGAGAGGUGACAUCGAUGGCAUGAUCAGCGGUGCAAAGGGCCUGGUCAGAAAGGCUGACGACAUCACAAGUGAGGUUCUGGAUGGGCUUAACCCCAUUCAGACAGACUUGGAAAGAAUUAAGGAUACUUAUGGGAGCACGCAGAGUGCAGACUUCAACCAGGCUCUGAGUGAUGCACAUAACUCAGUAAAGAAAUUAACUAAGAAACUUCCAGAUCUUUUGAGCAAGAUUGAAAGUAUCAACCAACAACUGUUACCCUUGGGAAACAUCUCUGACAAUAUGGACAGAAUUCGAGAACUAAUUCAGCAGGCCAGAGAUGCUGCAAAUAAGGUCGCAGUCCCCAUGAGAUUCAAUGGUAAAUCUGGCGUUGAAGUCCGACUUCCAAAUGACCUCGAAGAUUUGAAAGGAUACACAUCUCUCUCUUUGUUUCUUCAAAGACCUGACUCAAGAGAAAAUGGGGGGACUGAGAAUAUGUUUGUGAUGUACCUCGGAAAUAAAGAUGCUUCCAAGGACUACAUUGGCAUGGCAGUUGUGGAUGGCCAGCUCACGUGUGUGUACAACCUGGGAGAACGAGAGGCAGAGCUCCAGGUGGAUCAGACCUUGACUGAGAGUGAGUCCCAGGAGGCUGUAAUGGACCGGGUGAAAUUUCAGAGAAUUUAUCAGUUUGCAAGGCUUAAUUACACCAAAGAGGCCACCUCCAAUAAACCCAAAGCGUCCCAAUUCCAUGACAUGGAUAGUGGAAGUAGCAACACACUCCUUAAUUUGGAUCCUGAAAAUGUUGUGUUUUAUGUUGGAGGUUACCCACCUGGUUUUAAACUUCCCAGUAGACUGAGAUUCCCUCCAUACAAAGGUUGUAUUGAAUUAGAUGACCUCAAUGAAAAUGUUCUGAGUUUGUACAACUUCAAAAAAACUUUCAAUCUCAACACAACUGAGGUGGAGCCUUGUAGAAGGAGAAAGGAAGAAUCAGACAAAAACUAUUUUGAAGGUACAGGCUAUGCUCGAGUUCCAACUCAACCAAACGCUCCCAUCCCAACCUUUGGACAGACUAUUCAGACCACCGUGGAUAGAGGUUUGCUGUUCUUUGCAGAAAACCAGGAUCGCUUCAUAUCCCUAAAUAUAGAAGACGGCAACCUCAUGGUGAGAUACAAGCUGAAUUCAGAGCCACCCAAAGAGAAAGGAAUCAGGGAUACCAUCAACAAUGGAAAAGAUCAUCUGAUUCUGAUCAAAAUUGGAAGAGUCCAAAAAGUUAUGCGGAUAAAUGUGGAUAAUCAAAACAUUAAAAUCGAGGGGGAAAUAUUUGAUUUCAGCACAUAUUAUCUUGGAGGAAUUCCAAUUGCAAUCAGGGAAAGGUUUAACAUUUCUACACCUGCUUUCCGAGGCUGCAUGAAAAAUCUGAAGAAAACCAGUGGUGUCGUUCGGUUGAAUGAUACUGUGGGAGUCACCAAAAAGUGCUCCGAGGACUGGAAGCUUGUGCGAUCUGCCUCAUUCUCCAGAGGAGGGCAAAUGAGUUUUACCAAUUUGGACUUCCCCUUGCCGGACCACUUCCAGGCCUCAUUUGGAUUUCAGACCUUUCAACCCAGUGGUGUAUUGUUAAAUCAUCAGACCCGGACAAGUAGCCUUCAGGUCACUCUGGAAGAUGGUCACAUUGAAUUGAGCACCAGGGACAGCAACGGCCCAAUUUUUAAAUCUCCAGAGACAUAUAUGGAUGGCUUACUGCAUUAUGUAUCUGUAAUAAGUGACCGCGCAGGCCUCCGACUUCUCGUUGAUGACCAGCCUCUGAGAAGGAACCAAAGGCUAUCAGGCUUUUCAGCUUCUCAGCAAUCUCUCCUCCUGGGUGGGAGUUAUUUCGAGGGUUGUAUCAAUAAUGUUUUUAUCCAAAGGUUAUCCGAGAGUCCUGAAGUCCUGGAUUUGGCCAGUAAAUCUACCAAGAGAGACGUGUCCCUGGGAGGCUGCAGUUUAAACAAACCACCUUUUCUAAUGUUGCUCAAAGGUUCCACGAGGUUUAACAAGGCCAAGACUUUUAAUAUCAACCAGCUGUUGCAAGACACACCAGUGGCCUCCCCGAGGAGCAUGGAGGUGUGGAAAGAUGUGAAGUCUUGCCCACUACCUCUCAAGGCCGAGACCAAUCAAGGAGCCCUCCAGUUUGGGGACAGUCCUUCCAGUCACUUGCUAUUCAAGCUUCCCCAGGAGUUGCUGAAACCCAGAUCUCAGUUUGCUGUGGACAUGCAGACAACGUCCGCCAAAGGGCUGGUGUUUUACACGGGCACCAGGAACUCCUUCAUGGCUCUUUACCUGUCAAAAGGACGCCUGAUCUUUGCAUUGGGAGCAGAAGGGAAAAAACUGAGGCUCAAGAGCAAAGAGAAAUACAAUGAUGGGAAGUGGCACACGGUGGCAUUUGGGCAAGAUGGUGGAAAGGGGCGCUUGGUUGUAGAUGGGCUGAGGGCCCAAGAGGGGAAUUUGCCUGGAAAUUUCACUGUUGGCACCAGAGAACAGAUUUACCUGGGAUCAUCUCCAUCAGGGAAGCCAAAGAGCCUCCCCCAAAACAGCUUUGUGGGAUGCCUGAGGAACUUUCAGUUGGAUUUAAAGCCCUUGGAUUCCCCUUCCGCGAGCUUUGGGGUAUCUCCUUGCUUGGGAGGCUCUUUAGAGAAAGGCAUUUAUUUCUCCCAAGGAGGAGGUCACAUCAUCCUAGCUAAUUCUGUGUUGUUGGGGCCAGAAUUUAAGCUUGUUUUCAGCAUCCGCCCCAGAAGUCUUACUGGAAUCCUAAUCCACAUCGGAAGUCAGCCAGGACAGCACUUAAGUGUUUAUAUGGAGGCAGGAAAGGUCACUGCCUCUAUAGACAGCAAAGCAGGUGGGACCUUGACAUCAGUCACACCAAAGCAGUCUCUUUGUGAUGGACAGUGGCACUCAGUGGCAGUCACCAUCAAACAACACAUCUUGCACCUAGAACUGGACACAGACAACAGCUACACAGCUGGACAGCUUACCUUACUGCCUGACAACUCCCAAGAGACACUCCACAUUGGAGGUGUCCCAGCCAAUUUGCAGACACUGAAACUCCCAGUGUGGAAAUCAUUUUUUGGCUGUCUGAAGAAUAUACAAGUCAACCACAUCCCUGUUCCUGUUUCUGAAGCCACAGAAGUCCAAGGGUCUGUCAGUCUGAAUGGCUGCCCUGACCACUAACCUCAGGCUACCACCCAGCAAGGAAACUCACCUUCAAAAGCACUGCGGGAGGACCUGAUGUGCUUCUCUGCCCAUUCAAGGUCAUUCAAGGUGACUCAAGACACCAUUAAGACAAGUUUGACAGCAGAUUCAAAAUUGGUUUUGAAUUCCAACCACAUAGACCCAUUAUUUGGGCAUGUACUGCUAACUAUGUAUUUUAUACCAAAAAAAAAAAGUCUUGAAGAAGAUAAAUUGUUAUUCAAGCAUAUACAUGAUGUUUUGGCAAUAUUAUUUUCUACUACAAAUUAAAUGUCUUUUAAAGAACACCCCCCCACACACACACAAACAACACACUUGUUUAAAACAUAAAUCUCUUUAGAGCACUUUAAAAAUAUGAAACUUUUACAUAUGUUAAAGGAUUAUAAUUUAUGAGGUUAAAUAAAUGCAGUGUACUCUUCA